AUGGAGGUCAAGAUGAAAGGUUGGCCUCAAGCGGCAAUCCUUUAUCUCACCUUCAUCCUCUGCUUCCUUGCUGGUUUCCUUGAUGCUGGUCCUCUUCAGCCCACCAAAGGCCACACCUCCAUCGUCCGCAGCUGGCAUCACACUCCCACUUCUCACCACGGUCAUCAUGUUCCUACUCAUACUGCUCCCAACGAGAUUGCAGUCCAUCAGACUCAUGACAUGGACUCGUCUGCCUCAUCACUCGAGCACCUAUCCACCAUAGAGCAUCGAAACACCGACAUGGCUCUCCACAACUAUGCCCUGGUCUGUGAUGACAGAGUGUGGACCACCAUGUGUGCAGGUGUUGGUUACACUUGCAGCUCUUCGGGCAAGUUGAAAUACAAACACAAGGACAUUAUGUGUCAUGACAUCUGCUCGUGCAUUGACCUCGUCCCUGCGCCAAAGAUUUGUGUCGUCAACAAAGCCUCCAAACAAUGCUCAGUCGUCAAUGACAUGGUUCUGGAUGCAACGAGUGGCGAGCUCCUUGGAAAUGUCACUGAGUCAAGCAUUCUUCCAGACGGCUCCUUGGACUUGACCACGACAGUCGCAAAGCGUGAUACAGAACUCAGUCAUGACCACGCACUCGUCUGUUACGACCGUACUCUUACAGGUCUGUGCCAGGCCUCGGCCCAUGGCUAUUUCUGCAACGCAAAUGGGGUCGUCAAACACAAAGGCCAGGCAGAAGUCACUUGUGAGAGCCACUGUAUCUGUGUCAACAUCAGCCCGAGGCCCUGCUUCAACGUUCUAGGCAAGCAUGUCGAUUGUGGGUUCAAAGAUAACACUGUCUUUGAUACAAUCGAUGGUACCGCCCUCGGCAAUCUCUCGGACGCCCAAGUCCUUGACAAUGGCUCUCUGGACUUUUCACACACCAAGGCACUCGAAAAGCGCCAUGACUACGGACUGAUAUGCCAAGACCGUGAGCAUACUGCCUGGUGCGGCUCGUCGUAUCAGUAUUACUGCACUGCAAGAGGUCAAUUGAAGUUCAAGACCACCGGAGAACACUGGUGUGAGGAGCAUUGUUUCUGCAUGAACCUCAAGCCAGCAAUUCAGUGCUUUCCAAACGCGGCUCUUCUCACCACAUGCCUGCUCAAAGGGAAGUUAGUCUACAAUGACAACGGCACUCUUCUGGGAAAUGUUAGCGACGCAUAUGCCUACCCUAAUGGAACCUUGGACUUCCGCAAAGUCGUUACCAGAGAUUUGGACGUGGUAUCAGCCGACCCACAAAAGAUCAUAUGCAAGUCGCAGCAGUCCACUCAAGUGGCCCCUUUUUCCGGCGGAUUACUAUAUGACAAAAAUUUGACCACGUUCUGUGCAUCCCAUGGCUACUCAUGCGCAACCGAUCCCACGCGUGCAGCGCUGACCUUGACGUUGCAGCCUGGCUCAAAGGUCAUUAAGGAGUGCGUUAACUCUUGUGCCUGCCAGUCACAAACUUGGAAGCGCGAAGGGAGCGAAGUACUGUCGCAACCUCCACAAAGCACCGGCGGAGUUACCAUUCAGGACCUUCUCCUUGGCUGCAGUUCAAACAAUGGGUUGACCAAAGGUACCUGGUCGUUUGACGAAUCACUGACCCAGGACUGCAAGAACAAGGGCUAUAACUGUGCCAUUCUGCCUGGAUCACGUUUCGUGUUGCAGCAUUCUGGGGGUGUGGUUGCGUCUUGUCAAGCUGGUUGCAGUUGUCCGGCAUCACCAACGCCCGCUGAGUCUGCUGCAUCAUCGCAUCAGAAGGCAAGAGCCAGCACAGAGUCUGAAACAAACGACAUGGCAGCUGUCCAGGCAGUCAACAAAUUUGAUCCCUUUGGCAUGACCUGUGCGUCGCGUGGCAGAAACAACGAGACUCUUACCAAUUACUGCCGAGACGAAGGUUACUCAUGUGUUAGCCUGACGGGCACUUACCUACGAACUCUUUCCCACAAUAGCACCGACAUUCCUGAAUGUACCCACGGCUGCCGAUGCCGAAACCCCUUUGCUCGCGAGAAACGCUAUGAAGAUGUGGAAAUGUCGGCGACUGCAGAUGAGAUUCCAGACACUACAGCCGUUGCUCCUCCCAGCGGUGUCCCAAGCCAAUCAUCCAGCAGUUUCGCUCUCAAUUGUGGCAAUGUCGCGGACGGCCCUGGCUUCUGCCAGCAGCCAGACCUGGGGUAUUUCUGUGCCUACAACAUGACGGUCAUGCGGACGUCCAGUGUACAAAAUCAAGGUGUGACAUGGUGCGACUAUUACUGCAGCUGCAUCUUCAAGAACCCUGUCCCGUGUGUCAACGAAUGGAAUGUUCCCCUUUGUCGUGAGAUGCCGGAUGGGACCGUCCGUGAUGCCUCGAGAAUGCAAAUUGUCCUUGCAUAUAUCGAGAAUGUGAUCAUCUUGCCCAACAACUCCAUCUUGCUGGAUCGCGGCCAGGACGGAGGCUUCCCCUUUGUCGUUGCAUCGCAUGGUCGACAUGGGCCUAGCUCUAAUGAUUCUAGCCACCAUUGGACGGAUUGGCCGACAAAUGGAACGAAUGGAACAAAUGGAACAACCAACGGGUUGAAUGAAAGCGGACAAGGUGAUAACUGA